ACGUCACGAGAAAUGGACAUCAAAGAGUGGGUCCAACGACGUGGCGAGAUCAGAUCGGGAUCUUCCAAAAAUCGUUGAUUAGAUACGCUAGAAUGAAGAGUAGCUGAGAGAGAGGUGGAGGUGGCAGAGUAGCGGUAGGAAGAAAUAGAAUGGCAAUGGCAAUGGCGGCUGCAGCGGCCGUGGCAAGGCCAACAUCGCGAAUACUUCUCACCACACAAAAAUCUCGGUGGGUUUUUACUCCUUUGGCUUUUUCUUCUUCUUCCUCUGCUUUGCCAUCAAGAAAGCUCGUCCUUUACUCAAAGCCCGGUUGCUGUUUGUGCGAUGGCCUCAAAGAGAAACUUCAGGCUGCUUUUUUGCUCUCUGGCCCUGAUUCCCUUCACGACGUUGAUCUACAGAUAAGGGAUAUUACCAGCAAUCCUGAGUGGGAAAGAGCUUACCAAUAUGAGAUACCAGUGUUGGCGAAAGUGCUUUCCGAUGGCACAGAGUUUUUGGUUAAACAGGCGCACCUAACACAUAAAUAGUUUCAUCUGGUUUGAUGAUUUAAUCACAAGGAUUCAUUUCAGGAAUACUAGUGCAUCUUUUGACCAAUCAAGGACAAGUUAUCAUAGAUAUUGAACAAGCAUGUAGGUUUGUUGUCAGCUCCCACAAGCAAUGGGAAGUUCACUACUUCACUCUCCCCUUCCAUUUGAUAGGCAUUUUGUAGUUCUGGCAAACAAACCAAAAUUAUAAUAAACUAUAGCAGCCUCUAGCCUUUCUAUAUGCGUUGAAUAUGGCAGCCACUACAGCCACUACCUUAAAACCCUGUAGUUCUGUUUUGUUCAUCUGGAAUGUAAUUGACACAAUUCAUUUUCUUUCA